UCGCCCCCGACACGUAUCGGGCGCGAGCACGAGUCCCCUGCAGCUCGCAUCGCCCAUAUAAACGACGGCCCGCCCUUGUGCUGCUCGUCGAUACCACUAGCCUCGCAUCGAAUCGAUCGUUCUUAUCGCCUCGAACGUAUCGAAGCCGAGGAGAGCGGAGCAGCCGACGAGCCGAUCGACAUGGGUCUGCAGGAGGAGUUUGAGGAGUACGCGGAGAAGGCCAAGACGCUGCCCGACACCACCACCAACGAGAGCAUGCUCUGCCUCUACAGCCUCUACAAGCAGGCCACCGUCGGGCCCGUCAACACAGCCCGCCCCGGAAUGUUCGACCUUAAGGGCAAGGCCAAGUGGGACGCCUGGAAGUCCGUCGAAGCGAAAUCCAAGGAGGAGGCGAUGGCGGACUACAUCACCAAGGUGAAGCAGCUGCUCGAGGAGGCUGCCGCCGCAUCCGCUUCUUCCUAGGCCACAGAACCUACUUUUAUCCAUGGUGGUGCAGACAUAUGUGCCAAUAAACACAAAUAAAUUUGAAGUGCUAUCUGUCUAAGCUUAUCGUCGUAUUGGGUGUAAUUACGUUGAACAAGCCCCGCCUGUGAUAUUUGAGUUUACGCCAUGAUUGAUUCA